UUUCAAAAAUUUCAAAUCCAAAACCCCUCCAAACGGUCCACAGAUUUGAAAUCCAAACUCCGCUCCCAAAUCGUCCAUCCAGACCAGAUCCAACUCCACACCCUUCGAAUCCCCAAUCCGCCACUCCCUAUUUCACUCCAACAAAGCCUCAGAUUUUCACCCAUCUUCCGUUUUCCACUCAGUUUUCUGAAAACCCUAGCCUUGGAAGCACAGAACCCUCAACAAUGCCACUCAUUUCGGAGACCCCCAGCGCCGUAAAAAGUAGGUUUGGGUUCCAGGACCAGUCGUCGGAGUUGUUGCCGCAUUCCCGGAGCUCCCCGGAACUCUUAAAGUCGGCGGCGAGGGAUAACAUCUCUCAAUCCUCCGCGGUUCGGAUUUUCAACGAUAAAGGCGAUCACUGUGCCGGAGUGGUGAACCAGAGAUUUGAGUUGAGCGAAGAUCCUUCGUUCUGGAAGGAUCAUAAUGUUCAGGUUAUAAUAAGAAUACGUCCUCUGAGUAGUUCAGAAAUUUCACUACAGGGAUAUAGUAAAUGCAUUAGACAAGAUAGCUGCCAAACAGUUACAUGGAUUGGGCAUCCAGAAUCACGUUUCACCUUUGAUGUUGUUGCAGAUGAGAAUGUUAGCCAGGAGAUGCUAUUUAAAGUGGCUGGGGUGCCAAUGGUGGAAAAUUGUAUGGGAGGCUACAAUAGCUGCAUGUUUGCCUAUGGCCAAACUGGAAGUGGAAAAACUCAUACAAUGCUGGGAGAUAUUGAAGGAGGUACCCGGCGACAUAGUGUUAACUGUGGAAUGACACCAAGAGUCUUUGAGUAUUUAUUUUCAAGAAUUCAGAAGGAAAAGGAGGCACGGCGGGAAGAGAAGUUAAAAUUCACUUGUAAAUGUUCUUUCUUGGAAAUAUAUAAUGAGCAGAUUCUUGAUCUUUUGAACCCAUCCUCCACAAAUUUACAGAUAAGAGAAGACACAAAGAAAGGGGUUUAUGUGGAAAAUUUGACCGAGGUUGAAGUUACAAGUGCUCGGGAUGUGAUUCAACAACUUGUACAAGGUGCAGCAAACAGGAAAGUGGCUGCAACUAAUAUGAAUCAUGCAAGUAGUCGUUCUCAUAGUGUCUUUACAUGCGUAAUAGAAAGUAAGUGGGACUCCCAGGGUGUAACUCAUUAUCGGUUUGCUCGGCUUAAUCUUGUUGAUUUAGCUGGUUCUGAAAGACAGAAGAGUUCUGGUGCAGAAGGUGAGCGUUUAAAGGAAGCUACAAAUAUCAACAAAUCACUUUCGACUUUGGGGCUUGUGAUUAUGAACCUUGUGAAUAUAUCGAAUGGCAAAUCACUCCAUGUUCCUUAUAGGGAUUCCAAGCUUACAUUUUUGCUCCAGGAUUCUUUAGGAGGGAACUCAAAAACAAUUAUAAUUGCUAAUAUUAGCCCCUCUAGUUGCUGUUCGCUGGAGACUUUGAGCACUCUGAAGUUUGCACAGCGUGCUAAAUUCAUCAAGAACCAUGCUAUUGUGAAUGAAGAUGCUUCUGGCGAUGUCCUGGCCAUGCGACUUCAGAUUCAACAACUUAAGAAAGAAGUAUCUCGCCUUAGAGCUCUAGUCAAUGGAGGUGCUGAAAACCAUGAAACUGAUGCUUGGACAGUAUCCUUUCCAGGAUCUCCAGGAUCCUUUAACUGGGAAGGGCUUCAUGGAUCCUUCAGUCCACUUGUGUCUGGUAAAAAGGCAUCACAGAAGAAAGAAUAUGAAGUUGCGCUUGUGGGUGCUUUUAGGAGGGAAAAGGAUAAAGAGAUUGCAUUACAGGCAUUGACUGAUGAAAAUAAGGCAGCUAUGCAGCUGGCCAAACAAAGAGAAGAUGAGAUACAAAGUCUGAAAAUGAGAUUGCGGUUUCGAGAAGCUGGAAUAAAGAGGCUGGAAGCUGUUGCUGCUGGAAAGAUAUCAGCUGAGUCACACUUGUUAAUGGAGAAGGAUGAACUUUUGAAGGAAAUAGAGGUCCUAAGAGCCCAGGUUGACAGGAACCAGGAAGUAACCAGAUUUGCCAUGGAAAAUUUGCGACUCAAAGAAGAAAUCAGAAGAUUGAAGUCCUUUUGUGAAGAAGGUGAACGUGAGAGGAUGAAUGAACAAAUCAUGACAUUACAGAAUAAGUUGUUAGAAGCACUAGAUUGGAAACUUAUGCAUGAGUCAGACCCCUCAUUUGUUCAGAAAGGAAAUUCAGAAACGGCCACUCAUACGCAAAGUGAGUGUAAUCUACUGGUAUCUUCCCAGGAGCCAGGAUCACCUUGGCGUGCUUCAAUUAAUGAGGAAAAUGAGUUUCUCCGCUUGCAGGCUAUUCAAAACCAAUCAGAAAUUGACAUGCUACACAAGAAGCUGAACUCCUGUCUUGAAGAGAAAGAUAGAUUAGAAAGGCAUGUUAGUGAUUUAGUAGCUGAGCAAGAAACAGAGAGAUCUUCCAAAGUGCACAAUGGAGAACUGCAGGAGUUGAUGAUUGAACCCCCUUCAAUAACUGCUGAUCAGAUGCCCAAUAUUUCAUUGAAUGAUCAGAUAGAGCUUAAGGCAAUGGUUGAUGCCAUUGCAGCUGCAAGCCAAAGAGAAGCAGAAGCUCAUGAAACAGCAAUUAUCUUGUCAAAAGAGAAUGAUGAACUGCGGAUGAAGCUUAAGGUCCUAAUUGAGGAUAACAACAAGCUGAUUGAACUAUAUGAACGAGCAGUUUCUGAAAAAAACAGUAUAAACGAUGGUGUAGUUCAAAAUGGCAACCAUUUUAGUGAAUUUGCUGAGGAGCAACAAGUGACAAGGCUGCAAGUUGAAAACUUAGAGCAUCAACUUUCUGAAAUGCAUGAAGAGAAUGAGAAAUUAAUGGGUCUCUAUGAGAAAGCCAUGCAAGAGAGGGAUGAAUUCAAAAGAAUGCUUUCUUCUGGAGGACAGAGCAUCACUGCAAUUAAAAGAGAAUUUAAUUGCCCUGAAAAGCUUGUUGAAGUGGAUGGGGGCCCAGAUGAAUAUCUUGGUUCUCAAGCAGCAAUAUCCUCAAGGGAGGAUAUUGAAUCUCAACUGCAAGAUGAAGGAGAAAGUCUUGAGUUGGAGAAAACUGUGGGAUCUGGUGAAGAUGCUUUAUUGGAGGGUGUUAAUGUCACUGCAUUAGACGUAGAGAAUUCUUCCUGCCAAUGUCCUGGACAUUCUAGAGGAAGGGAUUCUGUUGAUUUAGAUGAACCUCUUGCUUGUAUAGAAGUAAACUCAGAGCAGUGUCCUCAAGUCAAAAUGGAAAGCACCAUGCUAGGCAAACUUACCUUAUCGGAUGAAGAUAACAUAAUAGAUGAGGGAAUUGGUGUUUCUACCUUGGACUUGCAACAGCAAUCCUGCCUAUGUUAUGAAAACCCUCAAGCAGAUGUAGGGAAUCAGAUUGAUGUUCAAAUUCAUUCGACAUUGGAAAACAAUUCUUUAGAUCUCACCAUGGUGAAUGUAUCUGAUGAUCUGGAUUUGGUUAGAAUGAAGUUAGAUGGAGUAGAAGAGAAGCUUCUUAUUUCUGCUGAGACUAUCAGUUUAUUUGGGUUGCUUGAGAAAGUAAUUGCUGAGGUUGAUAAUCUGUCAAGAGAAACUGAAGUAAUUGAAGAUGCCAUUCAGAUGAAGCAGCAGGAAUAUGCAUCCCUGAAGCUCCUUUCCUGUGAACUUCAUGAAAGAAGAGCUUUAAUUAAUAGAAAAUUGGUGGCUGUCAAAUGCUCAUUGUCAAAUUUUUCUUCAUCUCUUAGUUACUUUGAACUGAGAGAAGCUAAAGCAAGGGCAAGGGUUAAUGCCUCCUUGUCUUCCCUGGAUCGCAAGACAGUGGAACUAGCCAACCUCCAAAUCCGUAAGAAUGAAAUUGAGGAUGCUCAGAGGAAGUGUCAACAACUUGAAAUUGAAUUGAUGAACAACCUUGCACAUUUAAAUACAAAAAUAGAGGAAGAGAACCAAAGACGGGAUAAUGAAAAGGUUCUUUUGGCAAUAGACAAUCUUAAGGGAACAGAUGUUCCUCUCCAUAGAAAUUGGCAUUUUAGCAGUAAAGCUACUGAGUUACUCAAGUCAGAGGAAGAUAAGACCAAGGUACAAGCUGAGAUCAAACAAGCACAAGAAAAGCUUGGAGUCACGAGAAAGGAAUGCGAAGAUCUGAACUGGAAGCUGUGUAAGGUGGAGAAUGAAGUUCAAGUGGUUCAAAUGGAUUUACAAAAGGGUCAAAAGUCCAUGGAGGAGAUGGAGUGCAAGCUUCAGGCUGUAAUUCAAGAAAAACAGAUGCUAUUGGAGAUGAAAGAGAACGGCAGAACUGAGGUUGAAAAUAUGAUUCUUGAAUACCACCAGCAUACAUUUGAAGCAGACUUGAAGGAGCAAGAGGUGAACAUCUUGGAUGAAGAAUUACAAAUUCAAUUUCACCAAGUAGCAGAGUUACAGAAAGCCAAGGCAGCAGCUACUGAAAAGAAGAACCAACUAUUGCAGGCCACACAGUCCAAGUCAUGCUGGGAAGCGAUCCAAGAUAUUAGGAUGUCAGUUAUGGAGUUGAAGUCAUUGCUCGGAGAUGACAGUUAAAUCUUUCAUUUGACAGUCACAAUUUUCACCUGAGCCAAUAUGGUGAUUGUUAGUUAUCCUUGUGAUUGUCAAUAAUCAGUAAGAUCUGUCUGCUGAUGUAGAUAAAGUGAAUAUUCGUUAUUCUUCCUCUUCAAUGCAAUGCAAUCUUAUCUUGUUGAACCAAAUCUUAAAGCUCAUUUAUGCCAACAGCUGUGACAUUCUGCACUUCCUGGUGGGGAAGUAGAAGCAAUGUUAUGCAAACUCUUAUGAUCCUCUUGUAAUCUCAGUACUCAGCUUGCCUCCAUCUCUGGUAGCGGUCCAGAUACAUUGAUUGUACUUUUUACUUUCUGUCUUGGUAUCUGUUGUUCAUUGUGUUACUGGAAAGAAGGUACAUUAUGUGAACAUUCAGGUUUAAGCUCAUAUGCAGGCAUGAGAGGUAUCCAAGAACAUGUAGGAUUCCAUUCAAUGAAAGCUUUUUCUG